AUGUCUUCAACUUCAGAAACCUCCGAGCUUGAGCUCACCCAGUUCCUCAAAUCAGUCCUGCCUCAAGAAAACAGAUCGUCACUGCGCGACUCAGUCAUUCCACAGCUCCUCAGCUCUAUUUCCGCUAUCGGUACCGAACUGAGAAGAUCAUAUGAUGUUUCCAUCGUGGGCACAGAAAAUGCCUUUGGCGAUGAACAGCUGAACGUUGACGUUGCGGCCGAGAACAUCAUCCGCGAAGGUAUCGCAAAGGUAUCCUCUAUUAAGACAGCGAGCAGUGAAGAGGAUCCCGUCGAAAAGCCUGCGCGCGAGGGAGAAACGACGCAGGCUGAUGCUGACGCUGAGCAAUACACUGUUGCGUUCGAUCCUCUCGACGGCAGCUCCAUCAUUGGACCCAACUGGUCUGUCGGCACUAUUAUCGGCGUAUGGGAUGGGAUCACUGCCGUUGAACAGCCCACCGAUAAGCAAAUCGCCUCAGUUCUUGGUGUUUUUGGCCCACGAACCCUCGCCGUCGUAGCCAUCCGCGUCCCCGGAUCGCGACCCCUGUGCUUCGAAGUCAGUCUCAACGACAGCGAGAAAUACAUCGUCGCCCGUCCCGAGCUCCGCCUCGCCGAACCCCCCUUCAAGACACGCUACUUCGCACCCGCCAACCUCCGCGCUGCCGCCGAGAGCGAGAAGUACAUGGCCCUCGUCACCAAGUUCAUCACCGAGAAGUACACCCUGCGAUACUCUGGCGGGCUUAUCCCCGAUGUUUACCACGCGCUUGUCAAGGGCCAUGGAGUUUACAUCUCGCCUGUGACGUCGGCGAGCAAGGCCAAGCUGCGAAAGCUUUACGAGUUGUUCCCUGUGGCGCUGGUAAUUGAGUGCGCGGGUGGUCAAGCUAUUGACCCUGCGACUGGAUCUAAGAUUUUCGAUAUUAGGUUGAAGGGAUGUGAUGAUAGGGCGGGAUUGGUUUGUGGAACUUCAGAGGAGGUAGAGGCAGUGAAAAAAGCAUUGUUGGAUUGA